AUGGAAACACUCUUUCACAACGACUCAACUCCAAUUAGCAGACGUGAAGGUAUCCGGAGAAAGUCUUCUGCAUCCAAUUUGCUAUCUACACUCGGCACAUCCGCAUCUUCUUCUCGCUCCAGGCAGAACAGCGAUCCAGUGGAGAAUAUCGCUAUCAGUUCCUCAGAUGCAGAUGGCAUUGAUUUGCUCAAUGAUACGAUGGUUAAGCGUAUCAAGUCGUUUAAGCUGAUGAGAAUGGCGUAUGAGGGCCGUUUACACUGGUUUAAUACGGUAUUACUCUCUAGAUCAGACCUAGAACCAUCUUUGGACGACUACAAAAUGUCAAAGAGAACACACAAAUUUCUCGUUCUUGGCCUCUCACUCAGCUACCACCUUGAUAACAACCAGCCAGCUGACUUUAUCAAGAGUCUCGCAGCUACUCUCUCUGAAUAUGAUAAUCUAGACGAUGACAAUUAUAAACCAAAGAUCAAAAAUUUGUUCAAGACAAAGCACUCUAAACGUCCAACAGCAAAUAGCGAUACCUCUGAUAUUACAUACCUCACUAACCCUAAUAUACCCUUCCAGCUGUCUUACUUUGAAGUCAUUUACUCACUGUGUGAUAUCUUGGUACAGAUCUAUUGCAAAAUAUCUUCAACACUAGGGUCGAAUGUGGUGAACAAUAGCAGCAAUCCCUACUCAACAAGUCCUGCAAUGUCAAGUCCACUAUCGCCAUUAUCGACGGUGAAUAGUCAUAGUCAUGGUCCUAACACAGCAAACACAUUCAGUCUAUCACCAACGAAUACAGCCUCAUCGCCUCCACCUCAACUCCCCCAACUAUCAACACAGCCAUCAUCAGCAUCACUGCAAAGUCAGGCUUCUGCGCAAACAUCUCAGCACAACAGCCUCACAGCACCCAUGUCCAUGUCAAUGUCCAUGUCUUUCUCAGAUACUCAUCCGCAGAGCAUUAAACGCAAUAACAGCACAUCUACACUCAAGUCAGAUCUCCCAAUACACUCACUCGAUCUAAUUUGGAAGGCUGAGGGUAAACUGAAGAAAAUUCUCAUGACACUGACCAAAGACCUCAACGAGAUUGCAAGACAGGCGAUUAAAGAUGAGUUAAUUACGCUUGAUCCGAGUGUAACGAGUGGGCAGAGUGGGCAGCAGCAGCAAAAUCACCAGCAACAACACCAGCAACAAUAUCAACCACAACACCAACCACACCACCAUCAACAAGCCUACCAACAAAAUUUUACCAGUCAACCACUCUCCCCGGUCGCUGAAUCGAUUAGGAAUGCCAUUUGA